CGACUUACAAAGGCUGCAUCGCAAUCGCGUCUGGAAAUUUUCCUGCGCUUUUCUGCUUGUUGAUAUUCUAUUCAGUUUUCGCAUUCAGUGCAGUGAACUGAAAUAGUCUCCCAAGAUGCGUCAACUCACCGAAGAGGAAACCCGGACUCUGUUCGAGAAGUUGGCCAAUUACACUGGAAGGAGUCUUAACAACCUGAUCGCUCCUCCUUCUGCCUCCGAAGAUGCCAACGACCGCUAUGUUUUCCGUCUCCACGGCAGCAGAGUAUACUACCUGAGACUUUCCCUGGCGAACCUCGCAACCAGCAUCCCUCGCGCCAACCUCCUCACCCUCGGAACCUGCAUCGGAAAGUUCACCAAGACCGGAAAGUUCAGAAUUCAGCUUACGGCUUUGGAUGUCCUCGCUCCCCAUGCGCGCUACAAGGUGUGGAUCAAGCAGAACGGUGUGAUGCCGUUCCUCUAUGGCUCCAACGUGGCCAAGGCCCACGUCGGAAGAUUCAGCGAGGACUGCCCGGAGAAUGCGGGUGUCAUUGUUAUGGACAUGAAUGAUACGCCAUUGGGAUUCGGUGUGACUGCCCGGUCGAGUGCUGAGACCCGGAGACUGGAGCCCACAGCCAACGUGGUAUUCCGUCAGGCAGAUAUUGGAGAGUACCUGAGAGAGGUAGGUUGACGAAGUGUCAUAUCCACUGUAUCCAAAGCCUUGCAUACGCGGGAUCAAACAUGGGAGAUUCAUACUAGAUACCUGGGCAUUCUCGCAGGAGUUCUGGAGUCGUCUGUCUGUACAUUUAGAAAAGUGUUUCUCAAUUCACC